GGGUCAAUGCAUCAAAUGCCGCGAGAUUUAUCUCACACACGCUACAAAUCUCGUGACGUCGGCCUCAUAGUGCAUUGUCUAAUGCUAAAAUGUAUAACUAUUUAUAUCACGGGAGCGAUACCAGAACACUUCCAACGCCCCUCAUUGACGCAAUAUGAGCUCGUGUCCGUGGAAAAACUGAAUAGAUUUCAAUGUAAUUUUCUUCAAUUGCCUGAAGCGAGAGAUUUGGGCAAAUCUCGCGAGAAAAAAAUGCAAGAUUAGGGGAUAAAUGGGAUAAAUAUAUUAGAAGAUUUCGCGUGUUGGUUGAAUUGCUAAAGAGAGGAAGCUUAUCAAGAAUUUUUACCUGAGAAUCUUGUGUGCUCAUUUAGAAAUAUCCGGUUUCACAGUAAUAGAUUUUCUUGCCAUUUUUGAAAGGGCUUUUAGGAUCUCUUUGUGUCUUUUCCUUAGUUCAAUUCUAGGUGCAAAAACCCGCAAAACCUUUAGAUAAGAAUCUUAGGUUAUGAAUCGACCAGCAACACCGGCAAGCAUCCUUUUAGGUUUUCUUGCAAAAUCAAUUUUCCUUUUUUAUAAUCCUAACACCUCAAGGACUUAGCAAAUCCUUCAAGGCUUUUCCCUAUGAAUAUUAAAUAGGGACUACUGACUACGAUGACUACUCAAAAACUAUAAUUUACCUACGUAAUCUCUUGUUUUAAAAUAAUUCUAAAGAAAGCAAAUAUUAAUCAACUGGGUAUAGUGAGAUUAAAUAAACUCAUUGAUAAGAAAAUUUCCAUUAAUUUUAUUUAGGGAACAUCAUAAAAAUCCAAUUUUGUUGCAGAAAAAUCUCCCGCGCUUUUUUUCUCAACUGCGACAAUUAUAUUUUGCAGAAUAGACGCGAAGGCGCUGUAGUCGGUGUGAAGAUGCCGUCUCGCGACAAAUAAAAAAAAAGUGUGAUUUGAAAAAAAGUGUCUCUCCCUAAUUUUCUUAUCAAAUUUUCUCAAUUCGGCCUAAUUUUCACCACAGUCAAUUGCUGGGGCAGGGUGGACAGACACCCAUUGCUGUGAUAACGCCAAAGAGCCACCAAAUUGAUGUGUUUAGUGCGCAUUUCGUUGAAGAUGACGCUCCGAUAAAGCGGUUUUUUUUGUGUCCGGGACUUUUGUGGAAGUCUCCUAGAGUGAGUUGUUUUGUUUUUUGAAGAGGCUACAAUUGAGAUUUUAGGGCAGCUAUCCAUGGAGUCAAAGAUGGAUUUUGAGUAUUUGUCACAGGAGCAUUUAGAUGGAUUCGAGAAUUACAAGUACAGCUCUAUAGAUACCUCACCGCUCAGCAUUUAUGUGAUGCAUCCGUUCUGGAAUCACCUAGUGAGGUACUUUCCGCGAUGGGUGGCGCCCAAUGUGAUGACAUUUCUGGGAUUCCUCUUCACCGCACUCAAUUUUGUCAUGCUCUCAUGGUAUGAUUGGGGCUUUUGGGCCAGCAGCGAUCUACCCGGCACUCAGCCCAUUCCCAAUUGGUUCUGGGCUCUGGCAGCCUUCAAUCUCUUCCUAGCUUAUACUCUGGAUGGGAUUGAUGGGAAACAGGCUCGUCGGAUUGGAUUGUCUGGGCCCCUGGGGGAGCUCUUUGAUCACGGCCUUGAUUCCUAUACAGCCGCUCUGAUUCCAGCCUGCUUGUAUAGCGUCUUUGGCCGAUUGGCUCCCUCAAUUUCGCCCAUGAGGAUGUUCUACAUCACUUGGAUGGUAUUCUUCAACUUCUACCUGUCCCACUGGGAGAAGUACAACACUGGUGUCCUCUACCUCCCCUGGGGCUACGAUCUCAGCAUGUGGGGCUCAACGCUGAUGUUCCUAGUGACAUAUAUUGGAACUUACAGCAUGUGGAAAAUUCCAUUUCCCUUUGGAUUAACUUCCGGUUCAGCUAUGGAGUCAAUUCUGCACGCCUGUGCCCUCUCCAGUCUCCCCAUGUCCCUCUACAAUCUCUACAAUUCAUAUCGAAAUAAAACGGGUAAAAUGCGUCCCCCUUUGGAGGCUCUGCGUCCACUGCUGCCCUUCGUCACAUUCCUGGUGAUCUUUAUGGUGUGGGUGCAUAAGUCUCCGAGCAAUAUCAUGGAACGUGAGCCUCGUGGACUUUUCCUGCUCAGCGGCACGAUUUUCAGCAACAUUAGCUGUCGCCUGAUUGUGGCUCAGAUGUCCAGUACUCGAUGUGAAGCUGUCCACUGGAUGACACCAAUUUUUGUGACUGGGAUUCUGGCUGGAAUGACAUUCCCAUCCAUGGAGCUCUUCAUACUCUAUGCACUGUGCGUGGGGACGACUCUAUGUCACUGGCAUUACGGUACAAUGGUUGUUCAGCAGCUGUGCAGAAAGUUCAACCGGGUGUGCUUCUCCGUGACACCAGCCAAAGUCCCAUGAAGAGAUUUUCUUUCUGUCUCCGAUGCAUGCUCUAUUCUCUGUGGCCAUAAUUUUUUUUUAAUUUAAUUUCACGCGCUAUAUUUAAUCUUCCUGUCCAUUUCUUGCCGCGUUACCUUUUUAAAGUUGAGGACACCAACUCGCUCGAGAGUAUUUUCGCUAUUAGUAGUUUCUUUGAUGAAUAGGAUGUGUAAAAGAUGCAAAAAAAAAUAAAAGUGUAUUUUAUCUUAAA